AGAAGGAUGAAAUAUACACGAAAUAUACUAUUUUUAGCGCUUGAGAAUCUUCGAAUGUUUUUUCACAUCCAUGGCAGCGAUACUCGAUUUGAAUAUUUUCAAUGAAAUUUACAAAACCCCCUUCCCGACAUCAUUUGUCUCACUCUCGUGUCCUGAUUUUUUGAACUCUCUCUCUUCAGGGUUUGAAGCUGGAUUUUGUCUCUCUUCGGGGUUUGAAGCUCGACUCUCUCUCUCUCACCCCCACGGUUCGAUCUUAGUAUCUCUCUCUAAGAAUUAGAAGUUCUCUCUCUGGCAUCGCCUGUUAAUGUGAUUUUUUCUUGGAGGUUUGAAUUUGAGACUCUCUCUCUUCAGAGCUACCAUCUUUGAGACUGUCUCCCUGAGUAAUGGGUUCCAGGACCAGUACAUUCGUGAUCAGGUGGGUCAACCUGCUCACCAUGCUGUUAGCUUUUGGGGUUAUAUGUUAUGGUAUUUGGAUGAGCACUCAUCAUGACGAAUGCCACAAAUAUCUCACUCUCCCUGUAAUGGGGCUUGGUGCUGCUAUACUCAUUAUAUCUUUAAUAGGAUUUUUGGGCGCGCUGAAGGACCUACCAAUACUACUAUGGAUUUACCUGUUGAUUUUGUGCCUUAUCUUGGUUGGAAUCCUGGUUGUCACUGCCCUAUUGUUUAUUGUGACAAGUAAUGGAUCUGGUCAUUAUGUUUCUGGGCAAAGAUACAAGGAAUUCAAGCUUCAAGAUUACUCUUCUUGGUAUCAAAAACAACUAAACAAUUCACAAAAUUGGAGACGGUUAAAGAGUUGUCUUGUGAAGUCUGAAGACUGCAAAACUUUGCCUAAGCUUUACAAGACUCUCAAAGAAUACAAAAAUGCGGAGUUGAGCCCGAUUGAAGCUGGUUGCUGCCGGCCACCAUCUGAGUGUGGUUAUCCAGCCAUUAAUGCUUCUUACUAUGAUUUGAGCUUUCAUCCAGUCAGUGGCAACAGGGAUUGCAAGCUCUACAAAAACUCCCCAUCUAUAAAAUGCUACAACUGCGAUUCCUGCAAAGCUGGAGUAGCACAACAUUUGAGAACAGAAUGGAGGUUGGUGGCAAUUUUUGAUGUCAUUCUUUUUGUUGUUUUGUCGGCCCUUUAUUUUGUCGGUUGCUGUGCGAGAAGAAGCGCUGCUCGGGCUCGGUCAGCCAAAGCUCGGCGAUGACAUGAAUUUACCAGGAAGGUUUUUAUUCAAAGAAAUUUUGAGUGGUAGUUAUGAGGCCUUUAUUUCAAUUUGCAAUGUAUGCUCUUUUUGGAUUUUGUUUUUUUUGGAUUUUUUUUUGGUCGCGAGGGAAGGAAGAGAGAGCUUAUGGUGGUUCAAUUUAAAGAUUUACGUAUAGGGCUUGCAGCGGGUUUGGUCUGGCCGGAUUUGGACUUGGACCCAAAUCCAGAAAAAUUUAUGGGACCUGUAUCCGACCGAACCCGAAGAUAUCGGACUCAUACCUGGACUUGAUUGGACUUGCACCCAAAAAUAUGUAUAUAUUUGAUUGGACUUGGAUCCAAAACUAUAUUAAAAUGUUAUGUUAAAUA